AGCCAAUGCUAGCCACUCACGGCUAGCUGUUUUUUUUCUCCCUUUUGUGGUGUUUUAAAAGGCUGAGAAAGCCUCGCUUUUCACACACACAAGCAAAGUGGGUGACGCCAUACACAGGUGAAUGUGAAACCGGAGCGACGCCAAUUACAAUCGUUUGUCAGAAAUGCAGUCCGUAGUGAAGCAAAACCUCAACUCCGAAUGUGAAGGAGACAUCAACAAGCUCGUUAACCUCAAACUGAAUGCAUCCUACACCUACCUUUCCCUGGGCAUGUAUUUUGACAGGGAUGAUGUUGCCCUGAAGAAAUUCUCUAGUUUUUUCCUGGAGCUCUCUGGGAAGGAGAGAGAACAAGCUGAAAAGCUGCUGGAAUAUCAGAAUAUGAGAGGGGGUCGUAUUUUGCUGCAGACUAUUUCUAAACCAAGUAGGGAAGAUUGGAGAGGUGGUCUGGAUGCCAUGUCUUUCUCCCUGGACUACCAGAAGGCAAUGAACUUGUGUAUCCUGGAUGUACACCGCAAGGCAGGCACCCAUACUGAUCCCCAUCUUUGCGACUUCCUUGAGCAACACUUCCUCAACGACAGCCACGACACCAUCAAGAAGCUGGGAGACUACAUCGGCAGCCUGACCCGCAUCACUGCGUCCGAGACCCACGGUCCCAUGGGAGAAUACCUGUUUGAUAAACACACACUGUGAAGACCAGCAUUAUGCAUAUUUUUUAUGGUGAAAGCUAAUUUUGUAAUACAGGAAAACCAACUACCCUAGCAUACCUCAACGCCUCAUAGCUAUGGUGCUCAAGUAGUAUUUUCCUACUACCUUAUGUAUGGAUUCUACACUAUUUCUUACAUUCCUGUUGGGCUACACUUUGAAUAAACCAAGACUAUGCUAGCACCUCA